AUGGGUCAUGGGAAUUCCAAAUCAAGUUCCGAGUCGUCCGAUGAUUCUCCGCCUGCUGCUUCAGGGGACGUUUCAAAAUCCUCCAAUCCAUCUCGUACCCAGAAGCUCAAGGACAAGCUGCAUCUUCACCGGCCACACUUCCGUCGCCAUGGCCGCCGUUCCCAUAACCUGUCCAAACUCCUCAAAGAGGAGAACUUUGCUGGGAUAGCCCUCCUCCGUAUCAUUACCGCGGAGAUGAAAUUCAAGGACAAGUGGCUGGCUUGUGUUACUCUGGGAGAACAGACUUACAAAACCCACGUCUCUGAUCAGACUGACAAGCCCACUUGGAAUUCGGAGAAGAAGCUCCUUCUGGAAAAAAAUGGGGCGCAUGUCGCAAGAAUCUCUUUGUUUGAGACGAACAAAUUAUCCAAAAACAAUCUUAUUGGGUACUGUGAGAUCAACCUGCUUGAAUUCCUUACCCAGGAUAAAGAUUCUGAAGAUGUGACAUUUGACUUGUUUGAUCCAGCGUCUAAAGCAACAGUUGUAGGAACUGUUACAAUUUCAUGCUCUAUUGAGGAUCCUAUGGAAACUGAAAAAAGUUUUGUGAAGCGGAUCUUGUCUGUAGUGGACUACGAUGAAGAUGGAAAGCUUUCCUUCGAUGAGUUCUCCGACUUAAUUGAUGCUUUUGGUAAUCAAUUGGCAGCGAAUAAGAAAAAGGAGCUUUUCAUGGAUGCUGAUGAAAAUGGGGAUGGUGUUGUCAGCAUAGACGAGUUGGCUAUGCUUCUAGCAGUUCAACAAGAAAAAGAACCACUGAUGAACUGCUGCCCUGUUUGUGGUGAUGUUCUUGAAGUUUCUGAUAGACUAAACAGUAUGAUCCACUUGACACUCUGUUUUGAUGAAGGGACUGGGAAUCAGGUUAUGACGGGUGGAUUUUUUACCGAUAAGCAAGCUGCUAACGGGUGGAUGUUGAAACUAACCGAGUGGGCCCAUUUCUCAUCUUAUGACAUUGGUUUGAGGUCUGGAUCAAGUGCAUCUCAUAUUCUGGUGUUUGAUCGAAGGAAAAAGAGGCUAGUGGAGGAGUUGAUUGAUAGCAAGAUUGUAUUAUCAAUGAGGGCUAUCUAUCAGUCAAAAGUUGGGCUUGGCAUCAUGGAUCAAGGUGCAAAAGAGAUCUUACAGAGCAUUUCAGAAAAGCAGGGGAAGAAAAUGGAGUCUCCAGAAUCUGCUAAAGAUAUCCCAAAGUUCGAUCAGAUUAAUUUGGAAGAAGCCAAGUACCCUUUGGAGCAUUAUAAGACUUUUAAUGAAUUUUUCAUUCGAGAACUGAAACCUGGUGCAAGACCAAUAGCCCACUUGGAACGCAGUGAAGUUGCUGUAUCUGCUGCUGAUUGCCGUCUUAUGGCAUUUAAAACUGUUGAUGACAGUCUAAGAUUUUGGAUUAAGGGUCGAAAAUUUUCUAUUAAAGGUCUUUUGGGGAGUGAAGCAUGUUCUGAUUCUUUCAUGGAAGGAACUUUAGUGAUAUUUCGGUUGGCGCCACAGGACUAUCAUCGUUUUCACUCGCCAGUUUCUGGAACAAUUGAAAAGUUCAUAGAAAUUCCGGGAUGCUUAUACACGGUAAACCCCAUUGCUGUGAACAGCAAGUAUUGCAAUGUUUUCACGGAGAAUAAAAGGGUAGUAUGUAUCAUUUCAACAGCAGAUUUUGGGAAGGUGGCAUUCGUUGCAAUUGGUGCAACAAUGGUUGGAAGCAUUAGUUUUACCAAGCAGGCUGGUGACUAUGUCAAAAAAGGAGAUGAGCUUGGUUAUUUCUCAUUUGGUGGAAGUACGGUUAUUUGCGUGUUUGAAAAGGGCACCAUAAAGAUAGACGAGGACCUUUUGGAAAAUAGUGGGAGAUCGCUUGAAACUUUAGUUACCGUUGGCAUGCAGCUGGGAGUAGCCACUAGUAAGUGUUCUGAAGUUGAGUUGCCAAUUAUGGAUAAAUGCAACCUUGAUGCUUGA